AGUAUACCCUUUCCCGGACCAAUUUAGGUCACAAAAAUACCCGAAUCUCCUCCGCCACCCAUAACCACCAUGAGCAGCGCCAAAUCAAGAAACUUCCGUCGCCGUUCCGACGAGACCAACGACGACGACGACGACAAUAAACCCACCCAAUCCAAACAACCCCCUCAAUCCAAACCAACCCAAAAACCUAAAAAACAAAAUCUUCUUUCAUUUGCAGACGAUGAAGAAGAACAAGAUUCACUUAAAAUCACUCCUAAAAACCCUAAUAAGCCCACAACUAAACCCACCAAAACGCCGUCGUUUUCAUCUUCUCAUAAACUUACUUCUUCUAAAGAUAGAAAAACCACCAAAACGUCGUCGUUUUCAACUCCCCUUCCUUCCAAUGUUACCCCACAAGCUGGUACUUAUACUAAAGAAGCUUUACUUGAAUUACAAAAGAAUACCAAAUCCUUAUCUGGGUCUCGCCCGAAUACCCGUCCUUCUCAACCCGACCCGGUUUUCGUCUUAAAAGGUUUGGAUUCUUUAAAACCAAAUAGUAGUAUUAAAAGUAGUUUAAAAAAUUUAGAUAAAAAUAAUGUAGGAGUUAGUAAUAAAAAUGUUGAUGAUGAGGGGUCAUCAGAUGAUGGGGAUAUGGAUCAGAAGUAUAUCGAUGAAAUACGUGCGAAACGAGAGCGGUUAAGGCAGUCGAGAGCUGCCGCGCCGGAUUUUAUAUCGUUGGAUGGAGGUAGUAAUCAUGGGGAGGCUGAGGGGUUGAGUGAUGAGGAACCCGAGUUUACGACUAGGAUUGCUAUGAUUGGGGAUGUUAAGAAAGGCGUUUUCGAGGAUAGUAAAGAAAACGAUGAUAUUGAGGUUUAUGAUGAGGAGGAUAAGUUGUGGGAAGAAGAGCAGGUUCGAAAAGGGUUAGGGAUACGGAGGGAUGAAGGCGGUGUUGUUAGUGUUAACGGUGGAGUUACGGGAAGUACAGGGCAGAAGUUUGUGAAUUCGAGUGGGAGUACUAAUGUUUUUACGUAUCCGAGUAUUGGUGGUAUGAGUAUUGGAGGAUCUAGUGGAUUGUCGUCGGGUUCAGAGAGUGUGUCAAUUGCACAACAGGCCGAGAUUUCUAAGAAAGCUUUGCGCGAGAGUCUUGCGAGGCUCAAGGAAACUCACGGUCGUACAUUAGCAUCUUUGACAAAAACUGAUGAAAACUUGUCUGACUCCUUACUGAAAGUUAUGGAUCUUGAAACGGCUCUUACUGCUGCUGGCGAAAAGUUCAUUUUUAUGCAAAAGCUUCGUGACUAUGUUUCAACUGUAUGUGACUUUUUGCAGGAUAAAGCUCCAUUCAUAGAGGAGCUGGAGUACCAGAUGCAGCAGCUUCACAAAGAACAUGCAGAAGCCAUCAUGGAAAGAAGACAAGCAGAUAGUAAUGAUGAGCUAAUAGAAAUUGAAGCAUCCGUUAAUGCAGCAAAGGCUAUUUUGAACAAAGGUGGCGCCACUUCUUCUAUGGUUGAAGCUGCCAGUAUCGCUGCUCAGGCGGCGUUGACUGCCUCACGAGAGUCAAAAAACCUUCCUGCAAAACUAGACGAAUUUGGACGGGAUGUGAAUUUACAAAAGCGUAUGGACAUGAAACGAAGGGCUGAAUCGAGGCAACGCCGGAAAGCACGAUCCGAAUCCAAAAGAAUUUCCUCCAUGGAAAUUGAUAAUUUCGUAGAAGGAGAAUCGAGCACAGAUGAAAGUGAUUCUGAGAGCACAGCUUAUGAAUCAAACCGUGAUCAGUUACUUCAAACUGCUGGACAAAUAUUCAGUGACGCAGAUGAAGAAUUCUCUCAACUUUCUGCAGUUAAAGAAAUAUUUGAAGUUUGGAAAAAAGAUUACUCGUCUAGCUACAGCGAUGCAUACAUGUCAUUGAGCAUACCAGCAAUCUUCUCUCCUUAUGUAAGGUUGGAGCUUUUGAAGUGGGACCCACUUCAUGACGAUUCAGAUUUUAUUGAUAUGCAGUGGCAUGAGUUGCUGUUUAAUUACGGGCUGCCCGAGGAUGAGAGUAAUGUCGACCCAAAUGACGCUGAUGUCAACCUAAUACCUGAUUUGGUUGAAAAGGUGGCAAUUCCUAUAUUACAGUACGAGAUAGCUCAUUGCUGGGAUAUGCUUAGUACCAAGGAGACAAAGUAUGCUGUAGCCGCUACAAGUCUGGUUUUUAGAUAUGUUCCACUUUCCAGCAAGGCUGUUAGUGAACUUGUUGCUGUUCUUCGUGACCGUCUUUCUGCUGCCGUUGCUAAUCUAAUGGUGCCAACAUGGAACACUCUAGUAUUGAGGUCAGUGCCAAGUGCGGCUAGAUUUGCUGCCUAUAGAUUUGGAAUGUCAGUACGUUUGAUGAGGAACAUUUGUUUAUGGAACAAAAUUCUCUCAAUGUCCAUUCUUGAGAAGAUUGCUCUUGAUGAGCUUUUAAGUGGAAAAAUUAUCCCGCAUCUUCGAAGUAUCCAGUCAAAUAUUCAUGACGCGAUCACAAGAACCGAGAGAAUUGUUGCAUCAAUCUCCGGUGUGUGGGCAGGUCAAAGCGUUACUGAACGGAGCCCAAGACUGCAACCACUGGUGGAUUACUUGCUGGUACUCGGAAAGACACUGGAGAAGAGGCAGAGUUCUUCGGAGGCAAAUGAACUUGCUCGCCGAUUGAAGAAGAUGCUAGUGGAACUUAAUGAGUAUGAUCACGCCCGUCACAUCUCCCGGACCUUCAAUUUAAAAGAAGCUCUUUAAUCUCUUUGUAGAGAUAUUUCUGGCUCAUGACUUUUCAGUUAGCCCGGCCUUAGAUCACGCCCGUCACAUCUCCCGGACCUUCAAUUUAAAAGAAGCUCUUUAAUCUCUUUGUAGAGAUAUUUCUGGCUCAUGACUUUUCAGUUAGCCCGGCCUUAGAUUACCUGUAAAAUUGUUUGAUUUUUCUUUCAAGAUUAUACUCCUUACAAUAUAGUGAAGAGUACUGCAAGUCUUUGGAGUAACCAAAACCGAUCCUUAAUGUGCCAAUGUUACUAUCGAUACUCGUGUCUAUUGGUCCGCUAUGUACCUGAUGUACUUGAGUUCUUAAUGGAAGUGUUAUAUGCAAUAUUUCAGCUAGAAGGAAAAAAUGUAGCGUUUAUUUAUUGAUUGUAGCGUUUAUUUAUUGAUCAUAUUGAGAAUCGAAUAUAUAUUUUUUAAAGGGAUAAUGGCAUACGAAUGUAACCACGUAUGACAAAAUGGUUAUGUAAUGUAGUAACCUACUCAGGUGACUAUGUAAUGUAUGCACCUGUGUUUUUUGGCUAUAUUAUGUAAGAACCUUUUUAUUUGGGUCAAUCAA